GGUAUCCAUUGGUUCUUGUUAUGAUGAGUAGCACAGAGGAUUACAGCCGCUGACGUUGAACUUUGUGCGUGGCGCUUCACUACUGUGUGCAAAAGGGCUUUAAUUCCCGCCGUUUCAGUCACAAAACCCAACCGUAUCACAAAUCACAAUCCAUUUUCUUCUUCACAGAGAGAGAAAGAAAGAGAGUGAGCGACAACACUGUUUUCUCGAUUCUUUGAAACCGCGCUUCGAUCCGAAACCCUAACCUAAGUUAACGUGCGUCCAUGGAGCUUCGUUCUCGUCGGCGCCUUUCCAAUACUACAGUUUCUGCAGGGAAGGAGGAGCAGCCUGAGGAUGAUGCUGUUGUGAAAGAUGAAACUAAUGGCGGGUGCGGUAACAAUAAAGAUAAAGGUGUUUCUGUUGUAUCUUCAGAUUCGGAUAUAGUUUCUGAUCCUGAUUCAGGUUCUGACUUCGAAGAUGAAGAAUUGGGUGGGUGCGUUCUACCUGACUUGAAUGAAGAACCAUAUUCAAGCAUUAGUGUUUAUGAUUUAGAAGAUUAUGCUUCUGAUUCGUCUGAUGGUGGCAAGCCUUUGUCCAAAAGGGAGAAUGUGUGGGGGUGCAAACGGAGAAGAACAGGUCCCAACCCAGAAAUUGGAGAACCAAGUGAUGUGGUUGAAGUGGUGGAACACAAAGAUGGUGAUGAUGAUGAAUACUCUAUGGUUCAGCAGCGAUCAGUUCCCUCUGCUUCGAGGGAAACUAAGAAGAGGAAAUAUACAAGAAGAGGCAAAAAAGGAGAUUCUCGGCCAGUGUUGUUGUGGAAUGCGUGGGAAGAGGAACAAGAAAGAUGGAUUGAUAAGAAUAUAUCAGAAGAUGCUGACUUAGAUAAUCAUGGUGAAGUAAUGAAUGAAACUGCUGAGGCGCCCUCUGAUCUGACUAUGCCUUUACUUAGAUACCAAAAGGAAUGGUUAGCCUGGGCUUUGAAACAGGAAAGUUCUGAGAGUAGAGGCGGAAUACUUGCAGAUGAAAUGGGAAUGGGGAAAACUAUUCAAGCAAUUGCCCUUGUCCUAGCCAAACGUGAAUUUGAAGAAAGGAGUUCUGAACCAGAUCAAUCCAUACCAAGUUCAUCCAGAUUGUUACCUGUGAUCAAAGGAACACUUGUCAUAUGUCCUGUGGUUGCUGUCACUCAGUGGGUUAGUGAGAUUGAUCGCUUUACUUUAAAAGGGAGCACCAAGGUGCUAAUUUAUCAUGGGGCUAAUAGAUGGAAGAGUGGGGAUCGGUUUGCAGAUUAUGAUUUUGUGAUCACUACAUACUCUGUCGUUGAGAAUGAGUACAGGAAGCAUAUGAUGCCUCCUAAAGAGAGGUGCCCAUAUUGUGGAAAAUUAUUUUUGCCAAGUAAGUUGAGAUAUCAUCAAAACUAUUUUUGUGGACCUGAUGCUAUUAGAACAGAAAAACAAUCAAAGCAAGCUAAGAAAAAGUGUAGUUUAGUUACUAAAGGGAAGACCAAGGUAUGUGACGGUAACAAGAUGUCAAAGGGUUCUAAAAAGAAAAAGGAAGAAGAAACGGACAUGAUUAUGGAGGAUACAGAGGCUGUCCCUGUACGUGCAGAUAAGUCACUUCUGCAUGCUGUAAAAUGGCAGCGAAUUAUAUUGGAUGAGGCGCACUAUAUAAAAUCUAGGCAUUGUAACACCGCUAAAGCAGUUCUUGCUUUAGAGUCUACCUACAAAUGGGCGUUAAGUGGCACUCCCCUUCAGAACCGAGUUGGAGAGCUGUAUUCUCUGAUACGGUUCCUGCAAAUAAUUCCUUAUUCCUAUUACUUGUGCAAGGACUGUGAUUGCAAGAUUCUUGAUCAUAGCUCUAAAGAAUGUUCAGGCUGCAUUCACAGUUCUGUGAGGCAUUUCUGUUGGUGGAAUAAGUAUGUUGCCACACCAAUUCAAUCUUUUGGAAAUGGUGAUUCUGGUAGAAGAGCUAUGAUAUUGCUUAAACAUAAAGUUUUGAAGAACAUAGUAUUAAGGCGCACUAAAAUUGGGAGGGCUGCUGAUCUUGCGCUUCCGCCUAGAAUUGUUUCAUUGAGAAAGGACUGUCUGGAUAUUAAAGAGCAAGACUAUUAUGAAUCGUUAUAUAAUGAAAGUCAGGCACAAUUUAAUACAUAUGUUGAAGCAAAUACUCUGAUGAAUAAUUAUGCCCAUAUAUUUGACCUCCUCACCCGUCUGCGACAGGCCGUUGAUCAUCCAUACCUUGUGGUAUAUUCUCAAAGUGCAGCAUCAAGAAAUGGAGUUAUGGAAAGUAAUGCUACUGUUGAACAGGUUUGCGGCAUUUGCCAUGAGCCAGUAGAAGAUGUUGUAGUUACCUCUUGUGAGCAUGUAUUUUGCAAGGCAUGCUUGAUAGACUUCUCUGCUUCCUUGGGGCAAGCAUCAUGCCCUACGUGCUCUAAAUUACUUACUGUUGAUUUAACGUCCAACAAGGAUGUUGGGGAUCAGGCUUACAAAACAACAAUUAAGGGAUUCAGAUCCUCAAGCAUUUUGAAUAGAAUUCGACUUGAGAACUUUCAGACAAGUACUAAAAUAGAGGCUUUGAGAGAAGAAAUAAGGAUCAUGGUUGAAAGGGAUGGUUCUGCCAAAGGGAUUGUUUUUAGCCAAUUCACAUCAUUCUUGGAUCUUAUAAAUUACUCUUUACACAAGUCUGGAGUAUCUUGUGUUCAGUUGAAUGGAAGCAUGUCAUUGGCUGCUCGGGAUGCUGCCAUUCGGAGAUUCACUGAUGAUCCAGACUGCAAAAUUUUUCUCAUGAGUUUGAAGGCUGGAGGUGUUGCACUCAAUUUGACUGUAGCUUCACAUGUCUUCCUUAUGGACCCUUGGUGGAACCCUGCUGUGGAGCGUCAGGCUCAAGACAGAAUUCACCGAAUAGGGCAAUAUAAACCUAUAAGGAUUGUGAGGUUUGUCAUUGAGAACACAAUCGAGGAGAGAAUUCUGAAGCUGCAAGAGAAGAAGGAAUUAGUGUUUGAAGGGACUAUAGGUGGCUCUUCUGAUGCUCUGGGGAAAUUGACUGAGUCAGACUUGAGAUUUUUAUUUGUUACCUAAGCAAGUUGUUGUCUAGACCAGAAAAUUUCUGGAUGCCUUCGGUCAUCCAUUUUGCAGAACUAUUUUAUAAAUAUAUAUAUAGCGAGAGAACGAGAGAGCAAUGUAUUUUGUGAUGAAUAAGGAAAUCAUGUCAAGUAGUUUCAAAUAUUAGUAAGCCAUUCAAACAUUCGUUAAAUAUACAACCUUGGGACUAAAUUGAUGAAUUUUCACUGCUUGGUAA